AUGUCAACAAAAGAAGCAGCAAGGCUGAGAUUUCUCAAUGUUUUUGAGGAUAUAGUAGAAGAAUUGACUCAAAUUCUUAUAAGUUACAAAAUGCCAAAAGAAGCUAUAACUUGGUUUCAAAAUAAUUUAAACUACAAUACACCAGGUGGUAAAUUAAAUAGAGGUUUAUCAGUAGUAGAUACUUAUGCAAUUUUGAACAAUACCACGUCGGAUAAAUUAAAUGACGAAGAAUACAAGAAGGUAGCCAUUUUAGGUUGGGCAAUUGAAUUAUUACAAGCUUAUUUUUUAGUUGCAGAUGAUAUGAUGGAUCAAUCUGAAACAAGAAGAGGUCAGCCAUGUUGGUAUUUGAAAGAGGGUGUUGGUAAUAUUGCCAUUAAUGAUUCAUUUAUGUUAGAUGGAGCAAUUUAUGAAAUUUUGAGAAAACAUUUUAGAAAGGAUACUUAUUAUGUUGACUUGUUGGAUUUAUUCCAUGAAGUUACAUUCCAAACUGAAUUAGGUCAAUUAUUAGACUUAGUAACAGCAGAUGAAGAGCACGUCGAUUUGAGUAAAUUCUCAUUAGAAAAACACUCCUUUAUUGUCAUUUUUAAAACCGCUUAUUACUCAUUUUAUUUACCUGUUGCAUUGGCUAUGUAUAUGAGUGGAAUAAAUUCAGAAGAAGAUUUAAAACAAGUUAAAAAUAUUUUAAUUCCAUUAGGUGAAUAUUUCCAAAUUCAAGAUGAUUUCUUGGAUUGUUUUGGAACUCCAGAACAAAUUGGUAAAAUUGGAACAGAUAUAAAGGACAACAAAUGUUCAUGGGUUGUAAAUCAAGCUUUAUUACAUGCAACUCCAGAACAAAGAAAAAUUUUGGAUGAAAAUUACGGACAAAAGAAUGAUGAGAGUGAACUUAAAUGUAAAAACUUAUUUAAAGAGAUGGGAAUUGAGAAAAUAUAUAAUGAUUAUGAAGAAUCAGUGGUUUCAAAAUUAAGAAAACAAAUUGAUCAAAUUGAUGAAAGUAGAGGUUUGAAAAAAGAUGUCUUGACAACCUUUUUGAAUAAAGUUUAUAAAAGAUCCAAAUAA